GGGUGUGGGUGUGGGUGUGGGGGUGUGGAUGUGGGUGUGUGGGUGUGGGUGUCUGGGUGUGGGUGUGGGUGUGGGUGUGGGUAUGAAUGUGGAUGUGGGCGUGGGUCUGAUGUUAUUCCUCCCUUCAGUCCCAAACUCACCCACACCCCCACUCUCACACCAUCCACACCCACACACCCGCACACCCACACCCACACCCACACCCACACUCACACCCACACCCCACCCACACCCACACCCACACCCUCGUCGUCACGUUAAUACUGUUGCAGUUCGUCUUCGUCGUCCUCAAAAUGAUGACCAUGGAAAACAUGAAGAUGGUCAUUUUGCUACGGCAACAAUACGUUAUAUGAAAUAUUUAGCUUCUGUAUUUGGCAAUGAUUAUGUUUUUUAAUUAUCUCAAGAUGAUAAAUGUAAAGUUCCGUUAGGUUUACCUGCAGCAAAAGUUCAAGCACCAAUGUUAAUGCAUUUGGAUUAUCGUGUACGUUUAUCUGAUCAUGAUUGGACAGUUGCACCUCGACAUCAAUUAACACCAAGUGUAUAUGCAGCAUGUAUUCUAUCCGAAGAUGGAGAUUUAGGUUAUUCAGGUCCAACAUAUAUUGGAAUACGUUCAGCUAAACAUGAAUUUUCAACUGCUGAUUCUCCUGCACUAGAUUUUGAUCGUCUUAUUUGUUUAAAAGAAUUUGAAGAAGUAGCACGUGAUGAAACUGGACAAGUUAAACCAAUUCUUAUUGUUACUGUUGAUGGUGGUCCUGAUGAAAAUCCACGUUUUCCAAAAACACUUGUUUCAGAUAUUAGAAAAUUUAAAAAAUAUAAUUUAGAUGCACUUUUUAUUCUUACACAUGCGCCUGGUCAAUCAGCUUAUAAUAUAGUUGAACGUCGUAUGGCACCAUUAUCUCAUGCUUUAGCUGGUUUGAUAUUACCACAUGAUUAUUUUGGUACACAUUUAAAUGAAUCAGGUGUAGCAAUAAAUCUUGAAUUAGAAAAAUUAAAUUUUCUUAAAGCUGGACAAAUCUUAGCUGAAAGAUGGAAUAAAUCAGUUAUUGAUGGAUAUCCAUGUGUUGCUGAAUAUAUUAAUCCACCAGCUACAACAGAUGAUGAAUGUCGACAAAUCGAUGUUAAAAUUGUUAUGGACGAACUUUUACGACAAAUUUGUGCUGAAGAAGAAGCAGAAGAAGAAUAUGAAUUUCGUAUUCGACAAUCGGAAGAAUAUUAUCAAGAAAAUGCUCGUGCAUCAAGAGAAAAGACUGGAGAACAACCAAAAUAUGAUAUUGAUGAAUAUUGGUGUGCUACACAUGUUUUACAAACACAAUAUACAUUACAAAUAAUUCGUUGUAAUUCAGUUGAAUGUUGUGGACCAUGGCGUUCAAAUUAUCUUGAAAUAUUUCCUCAUCGAUUUUUACCAUCAACUGUACUAUUUGAACGUACACCAUAUGGUGUUAGAAUGACCGAAAGAGAUUAUCAAAGAGGACAAUUUUAUGGAUCAUUAUUUCAACGAAUUCAAUUUCAUGGUGUUGUUAUUCAACAUACACAGAAUGAAUUGUUACCAUUUGAUUACUGUUGUUCAUCAGUUAAAAAAGAAUUAAAAAAACGUACAUGUAGAAUAUGUAAUCAAUAUAUUCCAUCAGCAUAUCGUAUGAAAAAUCAUUAUAAAAUUCAUGCACAACAUUAUGAUGGUUUUGAUCAUGAUCAAGAGGAUAGAUUACCAGUACCACCAGAAACAACUGAUAUAGCAACAAACUCAAUUGAAAGUCAACAAAUAACAACAGCACCAUCGCAACCACCACCACAACUUGUAUUUAAAACAGAAAUGCUAGAUUGGUUUCGAUCAGAUUUCGAUAAUUUUGAUUUGGGUCCAGCACCAACACAGCUUGCAAGUGAUCGUGUUAUACGUUCAAUGAAAAAAUUACGUGUUCAAGAAAAUGAAGAAGAACCUGACAAUAAAGAGUGGGUACACGUAGAUUAA